AUGGCGAAGAGAGCCACAGAGGAAACGGCGCGGAAGAAAGUGAAGAAGAGAGAUGAUGGUCAUGCCUACCUUCUGAAUAAUAAUGUAGGAAUAAUCGCAAAUUUGCAUAAGGUGUUUGCGGAUAAAGAAGAGAAGAAGGCAGGGAGCAAACAAUGCCUUGAACUGGCAAAGAUGACAUUGUCAGCAGCUGUUGAUUUCUCAAAAAAAAGGCGUAAACGCUAUGAAUCCAAGACAGUGAUCGGUAAGCUUUUCAAAGAACUCAAGAAACUAGGUCCUCCAUCUAUCUCGAGCACAUCCUCCACUUCUUUGUCUCUUGAUGAGGAUCUUGUGUUCAGUGGAUUUGAGAACCAUACUGAGCUAGAAAGCCAUUACAAGAAAAACUACGAUUCAAAAUUGCGUCAUUUGACGGACACUUUUGAAAUUGAAACAGAAACUGAGUUUGUUUGCCAUGGUAUGAGGAUGUCAGAGCCAUUCACUGAGAAGGGGGGGGAUGAAUUGGCAAAAGCCUCGGCUUGGUAUAUUGUGACAAAUCACGAAGAUCACUUGCCAAAGGGCUGUCUUGAGAGCAAUCCACUCCGGAGCUUCCCAUGGUGCGUUUAUGAUAAGCUGGUGGAAAUCAAAACGCAGAAUGCAAGUAACAAGAUGGCAGAAGUUUGUGAAGAGACGCAUUAG